CGGUGCAGGAUGAGAGUUCAAGGAAUUGGCUGUACCGCCAGAUUGCCAUUGCUGUGAAUGCAUUCAACGAGAAGUACAACAAGGGUUAGAUAGAAGUGUUCAGCUUAUGUCCUUCAUAACGACGUUACGGUAAAAGAUGGGAUUACUUCAUCAGUGAGGCUAAAAGGGGACCAGAAGAUGGCUUUAUGUUUGAUGGAUACCACAGCACUCAAUGGUUAUGUUUCCAUUGAAUGCAAAAAGUGGUUAAUUUGUAAUGAUUAUGGCCCUUUUCUUCUCUUUCUAUUCUUGUUGACAAGUUUCCGGUGUAUGAACAUACAUGCGUCCGGUCUUUGUAACCUUUACGCCAUUUUUAUCCUAAUUUAUAUGGGAUUGUAUGUAUCAAAUGUAUGCAUGAUGAGGUCUGACGAAAUUCACCAGCCUCAGUACGGCCACCAUAUAUACCUAUGUAGGAUAUUCUGAAACAUAUGAAUGGAUAAUAAGGUAGUAAAGUAAGUUAGUGGGUAAACAAACAAGAAGAGGGAAGAAAAAAACGAACCUACC